UCUCUUUUUCUCUCUCUCUCCUUCUUUCUCUCUCCCUCCUCUUCUCUCCCUCUUUCUCUCUGUCUCUCUCUCUUCCGUUCGCCAAUUCUUUUAUUCUCUUUCACAAUACGUCGACUUUCUCGAAAAAAAGUCACGAAAUUAUAUCAAUUUUCAUAACAAUGGAAGUUACUAUUGCAAGCAGGACAAUACUCAAAAAGAUUCAAUACGUCCAUUAAAAUUGCGCAAACUUAUGGUAUAUUUUUAAAUUUGACGAAUACGUUUGAAACGUUUAUAAUUUAAAGAAUUAUUUAUUAAGUUAUAUUAAUUAUAAAUUAUGAUUCAAGCGUCUAUGAUUCUAUAGAGUUCAUAAAAGUAAUCUAAAAAAAAAGUAUUGUGCAUGAUAUAAAUCUUUGUCUUGGACGAGUUGAAAAAUCAAGAAACAAAGAAAGACAAAGAAGAUGUUGGCUCGUGAAAUUCUUCUUGAAAAAAGGAUUUACGAAAUGGGCGAUAAGUUUAUGAAGAAACAAAAUUUUACAUCGAUUUACAUAUGUUAAUCUAGAAUCUAUAAUACAGUUCUCGGUAAAAAAAAAAAAGAAUAAUAAUGAUAAUAAAAUAAAAAUGAUCUUUCGAAAAGAUAUCCCGGACGUAGUGACAAACACCAACUAUAAAUAUUUAGUACUGACGUAAUCGAUGAGAACGUGAGAACAGAUUAAAAUAUGUUUAGGGUAUCGUCUGCAACUCAUUUUUUAAAUGUGACAAGUAAUUCAUUAAAUAAUACAAACAAAAUUUAUAUUUGUCUCUUCGAUCUUUUUUAUUAUUUCUUAAUAAAAAGAAGAUAAAAACAGUAGGAAUAGUUUUGUCGUUUAAAAACAAUGUUAAUUAAGGGAAAAAGACGAAUGAUUGAUAAGUCGAUAUCUAGAUCGAUCUUUUAAUUAUUUUUUCUUCAUUUCGGGCCAGCUGGCCAAUUAGCGAAAGAAAUUUAAAAAGGCUCGAACCAAUUUUGGUAAUGGUAGGGCUCUGAAUUUCGCCAAGGUACAAAGAUAUAAUAAGGAAGUGAGAGAGAGGGGGGAGAGAAAUGUAAUUACGAAAUGAAAGGGACUACGAAAGAAAUGUCCGAUAUAUUCGAAAAUCAAAAUUAAAUAUUCAAAAGAUUUGAUGAAACACAAGAUGUUCGAAUAGUAAUUUAAUUCAAGAAUGAAUGACAAAUAUUCAUUUAUGUACGAUUAUUUUCAAAAAAUACUACUUGACUUAUUUAUUUUGAUCUGUCAGAUAUGUACAAAUCUGAUCUUUUUUAUUAUACCUAAUUCUUUUCGGAAUAAUAAUUUUUCGUGAGAAAGAAGAAUAUAAUCGAUUCGGUACAAAAUUCUUUUUUUUUUCUGAAAGACAAGAAGAGAAAGAAAAAAUAGUUGCGUAAGAAAGAGAGAGAGAGAGAGAUAGGAAGAGAACUUUUAAAAGAAAUUGGUUUCUUCUCUCUACUUGACAUACACGGCCGGUUUCUUUUUUCUUUAUUUCGGUAAUCCACCAUCGCCAGCACCACCACCACCGUCACUGUGACCAUCAACGUCUUUCGCUUUUUCGAGGGUUCGUCAGUUUCACGUAUAAAAGCGAGAAUCUUCUCGGUCGAAAUCAUCAGUCGAAAAUAAAUCGAACCAACCGAGUACGAAUUCUCAACAUGAACGCAAAGAUGUUUAUACUUUUCGCCCUCGUGGCAUUGGCUGUAGCCGAAAAGACGUCAACGAAAGGGACGAAGAAAGAUAAACGGGGACUCGUCGGAUAUGGAUACGGUUUAGGAUACGGCGGACUCAACACGUACUCGGCUGCUCAUUACCCUACGGUCGGCAUCAGUUCGUAUUCUGCUCAAUACCCAUCGAUUGACAUCACCCAUGGGGUCUCUACGGUCGUUACAAAAGAAGUUGCAGUCCCAGUACCUCAUCCGGUCCCUGUAACUGUUGAGAAACAUGUCCCAAUUCCAGUCAAGGUGCCGUAUGCAGUACCAGUAGACAGACCAUACCCGGUACAAGUACCCAAACCUUAUCCGGUUGAAGUAACGAAACAUGUUCCUGUCCCAGUUGACCGUCCUGUUCCAGUUCCAGUAAGCGUCCCGGUCAAGGUUCCAGUGCCAGCCCCAUACGUAGUGAAGGUAGCUCAGCCUUAUGGAGUCUACGUUUCCUCUGACCUUUCUUAUGGUGGUCAAUCUUCUUGGUAAAUGGCUGACGAUGACAACAAGAACCUUCAGAAAACAGAAAACAUUUGUUCAUAAAUGUUAUUAUGUCCUCGAAAAAAGAAAUCAUAAUGGUACUCCAAAGAUGGAUAUACUUCAAAGGAUAAAAAAGAAGAAAAAAAAGAUAGCUAUAUUGGAUUUCUUCAUUUUCUUACUUUAAGAAUCUCAAAGUAGAAAUCUCGUAUUGAGAGUUCUGCAUAAUUUAAAUACAUUAUAUUAUAUAGUA